AUGUCGGCCGGAGAGGACGGAGCCCAGCUGCAGUGCUGUGUGACCGUGGAGCAGCUCACCUCCUCCGGGCAGGUCUCCCGCAGGCAGCUUCUCCGCAAGGCCUCCGUCACCCUGGGCCGCAACGAGUUCCAGGAGAUCCUCCUGCGGCUGCACGACGGCAAAGUCCCGCAGAGCUUCCACCUGAAGGACUUCAAGCUCUUCACCAAGUUCGCCAGAGAGGGCAAGUGCACCGUGAAGCUGCUGCAGGAGAACAUCCAGCUGCUCAUCUCCAACUGCCCCCCCGACCGGCUCUGCCUCUUCCUCAAGACCCUGAGCAUCAAGCACCAGGCCUGGCAGAGCAGCAGGCCUCUGAGCCAGAGGGAGAAGCUGCAGGCGGGUCGGCCCCGCAGCUUCGAGUCCAUCAGCCCCCUGCAGCAGAAGGACAUCCAGAAGGUCAACGAGAUGAGGAGCAAAGAGGCUCCCACAGGCCUCACGGAGCGCACCAACAAGGGGACUGCAGCUGGACGCCAGGUCAAGAGGUCAAGGCCUGACAGCAACUUCAGUCCUGUGAAGACUAAUCCAAGUAAGAAGCCCAUCCUGUCUCUGCCAUCACGUAAACUGAAUAAAGAGCAGGCAGCUGUUCUCAGUGCAGUGCUCAGUGGAAAGAACGUCUUCUUUACUGGAAGUGCUGGCACAGGGAAGUCGUUCUUGUUAAAGAGGAUCAUGGGAUCUCUUCCUCCAAAGAGCACCUUCGCCACAGCCAGUACAGGAGUGGCUGCAGCACACAUUGGAGGAACAACGCUGCACAACUUUGCAGGUAUCGGCUCGGGCUCGGCCCCUCUGGAGCAGUGUAUCGAGCUGGCUCAGCGGCCCGGGGUCCUGCCGCACUGGACCACCUGUCGACACCUCAUCAUCGACGAGGUCUCCAUGGUGCAGGCUCAGUUCUUCGACAAGCUCGAGUCAGUUGCCAGGUCAGUGAAGAGGUCGACUGAGCCGUUCGGAGGAAUCCAGCUGAUCAUAUGCGGUGACUUCCUUCAGCUUCCUCCUGUUUCUAAAGGAAAGGAGAAAGCCAGCUUCUGCUUUCAGGCCAGGAGCUGGCGUAAGGUCAUCCAGGUCAACAUGGAGCUUACAGAAGUGCGGAGGCAAACGGACCAGACCUUCAUCUCCCUGCUGCAGGCAGUGAGAGUGGGCAGGGUGACGGAGGAAGUCACUGCAAAGCUGUUAAAAAGCGCCUAUCAUAACAUCGAGAGGGACGGUAUUCUAGCCACCAGGCUGUGCACACACAAGGAUGACGUGGAGCUCACGAAUGAGAACAAACUCCAGCAGCUGCCAGGUUCAGUGCAUGUUUUUGAGGCACUCGACAGUGAUCCAAACCUGGUGAAGACUAUAGACGUCCACAGCCCAGUAAACAGACUCAUCCAAAUCAAAGUGGGAGCUCAGGUCAUGCUGACAAAGAACUUGGAUGUCUCUCGAGGUCUGGUGAACGGAGCCAGAGGGGUGGUUCUGGCUUUUGAGUCUGGAAAACAUGGACUCCCACGUGUGCGUUUCCUGUGCGGCGUUACAGAGGUGCUUAAACGAGAGCGCUGGGUGUUUAAGUCCGGCGGUGGGAUCCACCUGAGUCGACAGCAGCUGCCACUCAAACUUGCCUGGGCCAUCUCCAUCCACAAGAGCCAGGGAAUGACACUGGACUGUGUGGAGAUCUCUCUGGCACGCGUGUUUGAGAGCGGCCAGGCGUACGUGGCAUUGUCCCGCGCUCGGAGCCUGGAGGGCCUGAGGGUCAUGGACUUUGACCCCCGUGUGGUGCGUGCGGAUCCAGAUGUUCUCGUCUUCUACAAGAAACUAAGGAAGGAGAGGCUGCUCAUGCAGGCCUCCAUGGAUGAUUUUGUUGACAACAACAAAGAAAACUCUUGGUAAAAAGGAGAACUCCUCAUCGUCUCUAAUAUUGUGCACUGUGUGCAUGAGCUUUGUCCAUCUACUGGUGAUAUCAUGCUUUUCAUUCACCAUGUACCUCAAUGCUUGUUUUAACUUGAAGUCACACUGCCACCAUGUGUUCAGUACUGAUACUUUUUUGUUUUUAAAGAACUUAUUUUUAUA